UUGACACAGCAGCGUUUGUCGACCGGUGCAAGUACGGAUUCUACGGAAGUCUGGUAAUACUGACACGUAGUUUUAUUUAAUGACCACAUACAUUUUGACUCUAAUAACAUUCCAGGUAUGAAAUAUGGAACGCAAGCUGGCUGAAUUCAGAGCCCGAAAGAAAGCCCAGACUGGAGCUGAGAAACCUGCUGUUCGUGAGAUCCAGACUGAAAUGAAAGCAAUAACAAUCGAUGAUUCUCCGGCAGUGUCUCCUGACACAACAGAGUUCCUGAAGCCCAACACCUGCCAUCAGAGUCCACACAAACAGGAUCAUGGUGAUCUUCUGAAUACUACAUCCGGUUGUUGGCUUCAGCGUCUGGUUCUUACCCAUCUGACCCUGUUUAAAGUGCUGCUGUGGCUUGUGCUGUUGGGGCUUUUUUCAGAACUUGAGUUCGGCCUGCCAUUUUUUCUCAUAUCGUUAUUCUACUGGCUCUAUGAGGGCCUUCGAAGCCCAAAAGCCAGACAACCUGGAGAAAUGAGCGCAUACUCUGUGUUUAACCCUGAUUGUCAACCCAUUCUGGGGACUUUAACAGCCGAACAGCUGGAAGGAGAGAUGGGAUUCAUGGUAAUUAAUUCUUGAUGGCCAAUACAUGAACAUGUUUAAAAGUCAUGCAAACUUUGCCGCCAACUGUCUGGACAACAAGGAAGAUUGUCUAAAUGUGGACUUGGGAAACUUAUUUGCAUUAUAUUAAUGUAUCUCAGUUCUUGAAUGGUUUACUCGUAUUUACCUAAAUAAAAUGC